AUGCAGGCUUCUCCACUUCAAACGAGUCAACCAACUCCACCUGAAGAACUUCAUACUGUUGGCUAUGUGUUUACAAAUGAUGGGCAGCAAAUGAGGGGUGAUGAAGUAAAUCAAGUUGCAACAGGGCUUCAAAGCAAAAAGAAACAUUCCAGAAAAUCCAAGAGACACUCUUCAUCUAAGAGAAGGAAGACUAUGUCCCUGUGACUAGACAAACAGGAAGAUGCUGCAGUCACUCACAACAUCCGUGAAGAGAAGAUAAAUAACAGUCAACCAGCACCUGAUAAUGCCUUGCCGACUGCUCCACCAUGGCUUGAUGUUACCAUCACUCACAAUGUCCGUGAAGAGAGGAUGGAAAACUAUCAACCCCAAACUGAUAAUGUCUUGUCAACUGUUCCACCACAGCUUGGUCAUAUGGCUGCAGCUCCAUCCACGAGUAUCAGGGAUCUGUUUGCCACUGUCAAUCACGAUGUCCACGGAGAGAGGAUGCAAAAUGGCCAACUGCAACAGGAUAAUGUCUUGUCAAAUGUUCUAUCUGGGCUUAUUAAUAUGGCAGGAACUGGUAUUCCUGCAGUGAGUAACAGGGAUCUGUAUGCUACCAUCACACAGAAUGUCCAUGAAGAGACGACGGAAAAUGGCCAAUGCCAAACUGAUAAUGUUGAGUCAACUGUUCCACUGCAGCUUGUUCAUAUGGCAGCAGCUGGUAUUCCAUCCAUGAGUAGCAGGGAUCUCUAUGCUACCGUCACUCAAAGUGUCCACGAAGAGAGGAUGGAAAAUAACCAACCAUUACCUAAUAACGUCUUGUCAACUCUUCUACCAGGACUUACUUAUUUGGCAACAGCUGGUAUUCCAGCCAUGAGUACCAGGGAUCAGCAUGUUGCAGUCAUUCACAACGUCUGUGAAGAGAAGAUAAACAACGAUCAACCAGCCCCUGAUAACGUCUCAUCAACUGCUCCACCAUGGCUUGGUAAUAUGGCAGCAGCUGGAAUUUCAUCCAUGAGUACCAGGGAUCUGUAUGCUAUCGCCAAUCCCAGUGUCCAUGAAGAGAGGAUGGAAAAUAGCCAACCGCAACCAGAUAACGUCUUGUCAAAUGUUCUAUCAGGGCUUACUAAUAUGGCAGGAGCUGGUAUUCCGGCCAUGAGUACCAGAGAUCUGUGUUUUAAAAAGUUGUCUUAA